GCCUCUUCCCUCCCCACGCUCCCCUGACCUGGAGCCAACAAACAUCUGCAGCUUUACCACCCCAUGGCAAAAAAAUUCGGGAAAAGUUCAGGAUUGAUCAGUUUUAGGGAAAAUCCAAGCUUUGGCACGCUCAGGGUGGGGGGCUCAGUGAGAACCUCCACUGGGAAGGCCAUAGUUCUGCCGGCUGGUGAUGGGAAUAUGUCAGAUCUGGGCUCCGUCCUGUGUUCCUGGACUCUGCUCCAGUUCUCCUGCGCCAGGAUGUGGCAGCCGGGACAUCUUGGCAACAACCCCAGCACCCUUGGAGAGCUUGGUGGUUCCCAGGCUGGUGUGCUUUUCCAACCUUGUCAGUGGGGAGAAAACCUAUGGAAAAGGGACAGGCCUGUCCUGCUGCCUGGGAGAAAUUCCAAAUGCCCCCAGAACCGGUGGCGUGAUGCCAGACUGCUCGAGUUGGGAACUGGGAGCAGGAGGGAGAGGCAAGGAAGAGGGGGAGCCAUAUUCAGACUCAAUGGAGAAGAGAAUUCCCACUGAGAAUUCGGACAGAUGGACAACGGCCGGCACAGGCGUCCAGGGCAGGGUUAAGGGCAUGUCCUGUUUUCCAACAUCCCUUUGGCUCAGAGCCAUCGGGAUUGGGGGCGUGCUGGGGGUCCACGCUGAGGGUCUGGGUGCUGUAUCCCACUCCCGGUUCCACGGGAUCCAGCCAGGAGAGGGCAGGGCACGAUGCCGCCUGGCACAGCACUGGCACAGCUCGCGCCUCCAGCUGGCGCGGGGCCGACGGGAACCAGAUUUAGUUUCCUGCGACUGAGAGGUUGUAAAUUGAACUAAUUUAGGAUUCCAUAGGAAAACGAAAGGAGGACGGCGGCAGCACGGGUGGGGGGGCAGUGCCCAGGCAGUGCCUCUGGCUCCAGCCAUCCCAGCUCUCCACUCCUCUCCACUCCCUUCCCUCUUCUCUCUCUUCCUCCCACCUUUCGCUCCUUCUUCACCUCUUUAUUUUGGUUUUUGGAGCUAUUUAUCCUUCCCCUCCCAUCCCUCUCUAUCCCCGCCGCUGGCAUUGCACGAUGGCACAGCUUUGUCCCGUGGCAACGCCGGGAUCGGGAUGAGGUCGGCGGAUGCCUCUCGAGGCGACUCCUCGGUGGUCCCAGGGGGGGAUUUUGCCCCCUGGUCCCGUAGCCAUGAGCAUUCCAGGCUGCCACGGGCAUUCCUGCCCGGCUGCAUGGGCCGUGCCAGGCAUGUGCUGCUUCCUCGCUGGCAUCCCACCCGCUCUUCCCGCUCUGGAAGCCGGGCCAUCCCAGGCCGGGCUUCUCUGCUCUCCGUGUCCCACGGGAGCCGUGUCCGCAUCCACCGUCCCAAGACUGGGAGCCUCCCACCUCGGGCAUCUCUCCCUGGGGGCCCCCUGGCUUGUUGGAACAUCCCCACGGCAGGGAUCCGGCCCCGCGGCGCUGUGGGAUCCCCUCGAUCCCGGCGGGAUGGGGACGCCGAGUCCCCGCGGCGCCGGCGCGGCUGCUGGGCUGGGAGGGAGCAGGCCGAGGGGCCGGGCCGGCCGGCAGCACGUGAGCGGCCGCCGCGGGAUUUGCCUCCUCGCAGCAGCCUAAUUCUCCCGCAGACGAGGUCGGGUGCCGGAAAGCGGAGCGGCAGCCGCGGAAAGCGGGUGGGCACAUCCAGCCCAGCCCGGCCCGGCCCGGCCCAGCCCCCCGGGGGACGCAGGACGGGCGCGAUGGUGGCGGCACGAGCCCCCCGUGCCCCCGGCAAGGCGGAGCUGCGGGCGAGAGGCGGAGGAUCCGGGCGCCGCUCCCGCUGGCUCCCGCCAGAGCGUUCCCUGCGCUGGGGCAUCUUCUCUCUAACUCUCUUCUUUUCCUUCCUCCAAUUUUGCCCCUUCACCUUCUUCUCCUUUCUCUCCUCUCCUCUGCCCUUCCUCUCCCUAAGUUUCGAGGACUCCACCCUGUCCACAGCCACUACCCUUGAGUAUAUCCCCACCUCAGCAGGCGAUCCCAAAUUCCAGAGGCCCCGCACGCUCAUGCGCCAGCAAAGUCUGCAGCAGCCCCUCAGCCAACACCAGCGCGGCAACCACAGCCAGCCCACCACCAGCCAGAGCCUGGGCCACCUCCAGGCCCACAGCGGCCCCUCCGGCAUCGCCGCCAACUCCCGCGGCUCUCGCAGUGGCCAGACGCGCCAGGGAACCGCCGCCGGCUCCAAGCAACGCAUGGCCGGGGGCCGGAGCCGCUCCAACCCCGGCAGCUGGGACCACGUGGUGGGGCAGAUCCGCAGCCGCGGCUUGGACAUGAAGUCCUUCCUGGAAGGCCGGAUGGUGGUGUUAUCCCUGGUUUUGGGACUCUCAGAGCAAGAUGACUUUGCCAAUAUUCCCGACCUGCAACCCGCUGGGACGCAGCCGAACCAGGCGAACACUCAGGGGGACAAGAGGUUGCCAGCCGGCGGCAAGGCCGUGAACACGGCGCCAGUGCCAGGGCAGCCGCCUCACGAUGAGUCUGACCGCAAGACGGAGCCUCACUCCUCCGUCUCCGACCUGGUCAACUCCCUGACCAGUGAGAUGCUCAUGCUGUCCCCGGGCUCCGAGGAUGACGAGGCCCACGAAGGCAUGAGCAGGGAGAACCUGGGCCGCAUCCAGUUCAGCGUCGGCUACAACUUCCAGGAGUCCACCCUAACCGUGAAGAUCAUGAAGGCACAGGAGCUGCCAGCCAAGGACUUCAGCGGCACCAGCGACCCCUUUGUCAAGAUCUACCUGCUCCCCGACAAGAAGCACAAGCUGGAGACCAAGGUGAAGAGGAAGAACCUUAACCCGCACUGGAACGAGACCUUCCUCUUCGAAGGGUUCCCCUACGAGAAGGUGGUGCAGCGGGUGCUGUACCUCCAGGUGCUGGACUACGACCGCUUCAGCCGCAACGAUCCCAUCGGAGAGGUGUCCAUCCCACUCAACAAGGUGGACCUCACCCAGAUGCAGACCUUCUGGAAGGACCUAAAGCCAUGCAGCGACGGCAGCGGAAGCCGUGGGGAGCUGCUGCUGUCGCUGUGUUACAACCCCUCAGCCAAUUCCAUCGUGGUGAACAUCAUCAAGGCGCGGAACCUCAAAGCCAUGGACAUCGGGGGCACGUCAGAUCCCUACGUGAAGGUGUGGCUGAUGUACAAGGACAAGCGGGUGGAGAAGAAGAAGACGGUGGUGAUGAAGCGAUGCCUGAACCCCGUCUUCAAUGAGUCCUUCGCCUUUGACAUCCCCACGGAGCGGCUGCGCGAGACCACCAUCGUCAUCACUGUCAUGGACAAGGACAGGCUGAGCCGCAACGAUGUCAUUGGCAAGAUUUACCUAUCCUGGAAGAGCGGCCCCGGGGAAGUGAAGCACUGGAAGGACAUGAUCGCCCGCCCGCGCCAGGCAGUGGCACAGUGGCACCAGCUGAAGGCCUGAGCCCCCCCACCGGCACCGCGGGCUCGGGGGCCCCAUUCCCAGCUCCCAGCCCUGCUCCCGGCGUGGGACCGGCGGGACAGCGGGACCCUGCGGUAGGAGGGCUUGGGAGCCCCCCCAGUCUCCCCCCGCUCUCGCCCCUCCCGGCUCUGGGGGUCCCGGAGCUGCCGCGGCCCCCCGAGCGAGGAGGCGCCAGAAGAGAGGAUUCCCCUUCUCCAUCCCUAUUCCCACCACCGGGCGGGACUUCUGCGAGUGCUUCCGGAGCCUCUCGACCCCUCCCCGGCCUCGUUCCCCCCUCCCUCCCCCCAAUUCCAGGGGGUCAGGCUGCGGGAGCAAGAGGGACCCCCCUUCCCAUUCUCUUCCAACUCAAUAAAACCUCUCCGAGCGUCAGCGUCGCCCCCCCGCCCCCCGACCUUC